AUGUCAUCGUCGCGGUAUGGCAACAGCGGGCGUUCUGCCACGCCUGCAUCGUCGGCCUACUUCCAGGGCAGCUUCGAGUCGCAGGUGCCGAGCAGUGCCGUGUCAGACUCGUUGCAAGGGCACCAGCAUAUCACGGACAACAGCGAGAAUGCGCGUCCAUACACGCCGUCGUUGGCCAGUGCCAGACCCAGCACCUCGUACAGCACGGUUUCGCGAACCACCAGGCCGAGUACUGCCUCCGGCCGGAGGCCUCGCACGGGAACGACGGCUUCGAUACUGGGGUUGAGCGAGCAGCAGAAUAUUGUGUGUGCACUCGCCGAAGCGCGAGGAAUCACACCGGCGGUGGGCGUCGCCUUUGUCAAUGUCUCGCUCGGCGAAGUCAUCCUCAGCCAAAUAUGUGACAACCAGGCCUACGUCAAGACGAUCCACAAGAUCCAAUUGGCAUCUCCCUCCAGAAUUGUCUUCAUGUCGACGGCCUGCCCGCCAGCCAAGAACACCACGCUAUUCUCUCUAAUCCAGGAGUUGGUGCCCGACGCCACCUCGCACGCUUUUGACCGAGCAGCCUGGUCAGAAAACGCGGGCCACGAGCACAUCCAGAAGCUCGCACCACACAGUGACGUGGGACCCAUCAAAGUGGCAUUGCAAGGCAAAUACUAUGCCGUGUGCUCUUUCGCUGCGGCCAUGAAGUACAUUGAGCACCAGUUCACCCUAUCCUUUGCCCCUCAUUCCCUUCGGAUCCGAUACCAGCCGUCAGAGGACACCAUGAUGAUUGAUGUGGCCGCCAUCCAGUCGCUCGAGAUUAUGCAGAACACGCACAACCCCAAGUCCAAAGAAUCGCUGUAUGGCCUGCUAAACCAUACUUGCACACCCAUGGGAGCCCGUAUGCUGCGACGAAAUAUCCUUCAACCGCCCACGGGCCACGAGACGUUCCUUGGACCCAGACUCGAUGCACUAGAGGAGCUGACCACGCGAGAAGAGCUUUCCCGCGAGGUUCGCAAAGCGCUGCGACUCUUCCACGAUGUCGAAAAACUUCUCACAAAGUUGAUCAUUGUUCCCACCAGCAAAUCCAUUUCGCUUGUGGAAGAGCAGAUUGGCCAGGUGCUCAUGCUCAAGAACUUCCUAGAAGCCGUCCCUGAACUAUUUGCGGCCCUGGCUCCGGUCCAGAGCGCGCUGCUCGUCAAGGUUCGCGAGUUGUGUUGUCCCGGCGUGACUGGCCCCAUUCUGGCCAACAUCCAACGGGUCAUCGAAGCCGACGUGAGGUAUAUGAAGUCGCCCUUGGACCUCCGCAACCAACGUACAUUUGCAGUCAAAUCCGGUGUCAAUGGCAUGCUGGAUGUGGCCCGGCAAACAUACAAGGAGCUCACCGAAGAAAUCCACCAGCACGUGGACGCGAUACAGGGUGAAUUCAAGAUUGCCGUUGCUCUCAAAUUUGAUAAUGGGAGAAAGUACUGGCUACGGAUCAAAGCCAUCGACUUUGACUUUGGAGCACCGCCACAGCGUUUUGUCAAUGUCGUUCGCAAAAAGGACAAUGUCGAGUGCCAGACGCUUGACCUCAUCAAGCUGAACGUACGACUCUCCGAUGCUUCCAAUGAAGUAGUCAUUCGCAGCGACGUUGUGAUAGAGGAAUUGGUUGGAAAUCUCCGGAGGGCGGCGUCACAGCUCUUCAAGGUCUGCGAAUCCGUCGCGUUGGUGGACAUGCUGGCGUCUUUCGCCCAGCUGUCCGCGACGCGGGACUACGUGCGUCCGGAUAUCACCUCGACACUUGCACUGAAAGCCGCCCGGCAUCCGAUUCUUGACAGGUCUCAUUCGGGGAACAUUGUUCCCAACGACUACUACGCAUCGGAGCAGCACUGCUUUCACAUCAUCACUGGAUGUAACAUGAGCGGCAAGAGUACCUAUAUCCGAGCUGUGGCAUUGCUGCAGAUCAUGGCACAGGUCGGGUGUUUUGUGCCCGCGGAAUACGCCGCUUUCCCCAUCAUUCACAACAUCUUUGCCCGAGUGUCGAUGGACGACAACAUUGAGGCGAGCCUGUCUACGUUCUCGGUCGAGAUGCGCGAGAUGGCCUUCAUUCUCCGGAACAUUGAUGACAAGAGCCUGGCCAUCAUCGACGAGCUGGGCCGAGGGACUAGCACGCGAGAUGGCCUCGCCAUCGCCAUCGCCAUGUCAGAGGCGUUGAUUCAGGCUGGGGCCUCUGUUUGGUUUGCCACACAUUUCAUUGAGCUGGCAAAGGUGCUCGGGGAGCGGCCAGGUGUACUCAAUCUUCACCUCGCGUCCACGACGGCCGAGACGCCAGAAGGACUUCCCCACCUGCAAAUGUUGUACAAGGCCACGGCAGGCACCGUCAAUGACACGGAGCAUUACGGCAUUCACCUAGCUCGUGCCAUGGGGUUCCCAGCGUCCUUUAUCAACAAGGCCGAGGAGGUUGCCAAUGAUUUGAGACAGAAACGCGAGGCUGGCCGGCAGAGCUCCGAGUCCCGGAAGCUGGUCGCUCGCCGAAAACUCUUGUUGAACCUGCACGAUGCCCUCCGCCAAGCCAGGGACGCGGGGAGCGAAGAGUCGCUGCCGGGGUACUUACAGCGGCUUCAGGCCGAAUUUGUCGCUCGCAUGGAAGGCCUUGACAGCAUGGAGUACGGCACAGUGGGGGAUUGA